CCUUUCAAUAACGUUAAAAAAAAGUCCGUUCCCAAAUCUCCUCCACCCAAAAUACAGUACCCACCUUCUCUCUCUCUCUCUCUCUCUCUCUCUCUGAGAACGGCUAAUCCGUCAGAAAAUGACGAUUCUACCCUCCUCGGAACGGAAGCACCGCCGCAACCCUCGUACACCUCUCCUCUCCCCACAGAAAUACGACGACCACGAGGUCGGUUUCAACGGUGCGUCGUACUCCGGCGCCGUCUUCAACCUCGCCACCACCAUCGUCGGGGCAGGUAUCAUGGCUCUCCCCGCCGCCGUCAAGCAGUUAGGGCUGGUUCCGGGACUGAUCAUGAUUGUCUUGGGUGCUAUGUUGACGGAUUCGUCCAUCGAAAUGAUCCUCAGGUUCAGUCGAGCUUCCAAGUCAACCACGUAUUCGGGUGUGGUCGGCGACGCCUUCGGCGUGGCCGGGCGGACUAUCUUGCAGGUCUGCAUUGUGGUUAACAAUAUCGGUAUGCUCGUUGUCUACAUGAUCAUAAUCGGUGAUGUGUUAUCUGGGACAUGGUCAGAUGGGGUGAAGCAUUUGGGUUUGGUGGAAGAAUGGUUUGGUCAGCAUUGGUGGACCACACGCUUCUCCUUACUGCUUGUCACUACGCUCUUUGUCUUUGCUCCUCUCGUUUCAUUCAAGCGCGUUGAUUCCUUGAGAUACACUUCGGCUUUGUCAGUGGGUUUGGCCAUUGUGUUUGUGGCAAUCACAGCGGGAGUAGCAAUCGUUAAAAUAAUGGAUGGGAGCAUGAAAAUGCCUCGUAUGAUGCCUGAACUUGUUAACCAGGCAUCCUUUUGGAAGCUUUUUACAACUAUCCCAAUUCUUGUCACUGCCUAUAUCUGCCACCAUAAUAUUCAUCCAAUAGAGAAUGAGCUAAGGGAUCCCUCCCAAAUGAAGUCAAUAGUCCGAGCGUCACUCACAUUAUGCUCAUCUGUUUACAUUGCUACCAGCUUCUUUGGAUUUCUUCUUUUUGGGGAUCACACAUUAGAUGAUGUUCUUGCCAAUUUUGAUGGUGAUCUUGGAAUACCAUAUAGCUCAUUACUUGAUGAUGUGGUUAGGGUCAGCUAUGGCAUCCACCUGAUGCUUGUAUUUCCAAUUGUGUUUUUCUCUCUUCGCCUCAACCUAGAUGGUCUCCUUUUUCCCUAUGCCAUUCCCAUUUCACUUGACAAGCGGAGAUUCUUCUCAGUAACUGCAGUUCUCAUGGGUCUUAUCUUUGUUGGAGCCAACUUUGUGCCUAGUAUUUGGGAUGCCUUUCAGUUCACUGGAGCCACAGCUGCCAUCUCUGUUGGAUUCAUCUUUCCAGCCGCAGUUGCUCUUAGGGACACUCAUGGAAUUGCCACAAAGAAUGACAUACUAGUAUCAUGGAUGAUGAUCUUUUUAGCUGUCUCAUCAAGCACAGCAGCCAUAUUUAGUGAUAUUUACAGCAUUUUCAGCAGUGAGAAAAGAGUUGGAAGUUAACGUGACAAGUCAGCACUUGUGCAAAUUCUCGCGAUGUAUAGGCUCUCUCGAUUUAUGAAACGAGAGUAACUGAGCAGGACAAAGAGCAAUGCUCCAGUUCCACAUCUGAUUGCUGGUGGUCCUCGGUUUUGUUAAGUAAUGCAGGUGACCGUGAUAUUUACAUUUUUGGCUUUAUACAUGAAGUGAAAUGGGUUCUCUCACUAAUUUAUGUUAAUUUUCUCCCUUCUAA